CUAAUGAGGCAGCGGUACAAUACAUGAAUCAAAGAACCCGGAGGAGCACCAAGCUGUUGCUCAUAAAGAAAUUUCUUUCAGAAAUCUUCAUCCUUCCCUCUAUGCUUACAAGUUCCUUUUCUUGCAGUUGCCCUUCUCUUCGGGAAUUGAAGAGCACGGACGGCUUCAUUAUGCAUGUUAAGACAAAAACUGAUUCUAGAAUCAAAAUCCAUAUGAGGCUCACUUUUUUCCUUACAUAUCAUGGUUCCAUUAGCAUGAUCCAAUAUGGCAUCAAUGGCGCCAUCUCUAACUGCUUUUGCUAUGAUGCUUUCGGCAUUUUCAGAAUCCAGUCUUAGCUUCUCUGCCACAUCAGACAAUGAGAUUCGAGAGUAUGAGAUACUUAUAUUGCGUAACCCUGUCCUAAUGACACUAUGCCGGAGCCUAACAAUCACAUUGUUAGUCCUGUCGUUGCUGAAAGUGCUUGAGAACCUCUCAGCUACGGCUCUGAACAGCUCCAAAUCCCCAACGCGAACAGCCUAAAAUUGAUCAGCUGCAUUUUAGCACCAUAGAAUGAGCUGACAGAUGGAUUUCUCCGAGCAAUAAGUGAACCAGAACUGCCCACUUAUUGCAUUGAGCUCGGAACCCAAGCGCGGUGGACACUGGUGCCCUUUGGGCAGCUUGGAGGAGACACUCUUUAGCACCUGUGUACUCCAACUGGAUGGUCCUUAUCUUUCCAAGAUAGAAAAGGUACCGACAAAACUGGACGACAAAUAAAAAAAAUCAAUGGGGAUUCGAAAU